AUGCCCCACGGCUUCGCCCGCGUAUUAAUGAAACAGGACACGGUCACCAGCAUAUCACCAUCAGCAGGAGGCUCAGAAGGAGGCGCCAUACUAACCAUAAGCGGCCAGUACUUUGAUCAGAUGGACGCCCCCGCCAGAGUGUUAGUUGGAGGUCAGAAUUGUCCCAUCCUCAGUGUCUCUGACAGUCAGAUCACCUGCCGAAGUCCCGCUCAGCCGAAUGACAACAGGACCGUCUUUGCAGGUGGAAGGGGCCUGAAAUUAGAAGUCUGGAAUAAAACCACUCCACAAAAUCUGGAAGACAUCAUGGCGUACAAUGAGAGCACACCCGGCUAUUACACCACGUGGCUGGAUUCGAGCACUUACAGCUUUCCUUACAACUCGGACAAUUUUGUUUCCCGCCUUAGUGGCUUCUACGUCCCAGCGGUCACAGAUGAUUACAGGUUCUACCUGAACGGUGGUAAUCUUGUGACCCUUUAUCUCAGCCAAACUGGGCUUCCCAAAGAUAAGGACAGUGGGUCUGCAUGUCUCAAUAGUCACUAA